GAAGUCUUAGCAUAGGGAAGUCCGUCAUUUUCAUCAUAUACUUUGCAGACUGCAGUCAUCCACCCCCCACACUCACCAGUCACAACAACCUCAAUUUCAGUGAGAUCAUCUCCUUGGAUUCCAUUUCCCUCUCAUACACCUGCAAAUCAAAGCAACCAAGCGCAUCAAUGGCGGCAUUUGAGCUCACCAAAUCCAAACAACAAGUCUCCACCAUGUUAAAACAAGGCUUCAUCUCUGACUUCUUCCUUUCCCCUCCACCAUCUUCUUUCUCCUCUUCUCCCUCCAACCCCACCCAACCCAUCCAAAGCCCGAUCCGAUCCGCCCCCAGCCCCACCCUCUUCGAGAUGAUGACUGAAGAACAGACCCGAGACUCCAGCAGACCCUCCACACACCUACAAUCCUUCGACACUGCUAGAAUGCGGAUCGAAGAACGGGUCUCUAGGGUUUUAUCUGGAGCCCCGUUUAGAAACCCUAGUGAUUGGGGGUUAGGGUUUGGAGAUGUGAAGCUUACAGUCACGGCUCGUGAUGGUUUCAGUGUGUCCAUGGAUGUACACCGGGAGGUGUUGGCCAGUCGUAGCCAGUUCUUUAAGGAGAAAUUGGGCCGGAGGAGUGGCUCCCACCAUUCUGUGGAGAUUUGCGAGUGUGAUGAUGUUGAAGUAUAUCUGGAAACCCUAGUUCUGAUGUAUUGUGAUGAUCCAAAAAAGAAGAUGAUGGGCGAGGGUGUUUCUAAGAUCUUGGGCUUACUCAAGGUAUGUGAUUCAUUGAAAUUUAACGAUGGGAUAUCAUCAUGUUUAGAGUAUUUAGAAGCUGUUCCUUGGUCAGAAGAAGAAGAAGAAAGAGUGAUCUCAAACCUUCAAGACCUCAAUCUCCAUAACGAUCAUGAUGUUCUACAAAGAGUCGCAUUGGAGCCAUCAACAUCUUCAAGAAUCGAUGACAUUUUCUUGAGAUUACUCGCUGGAGUUCUACAAGCAAAAGACGAAAAAGCCCGUAAAGAGAUGAAAACCCUAAUUUCCCGAUUACUCAAAGAAGACAACAACUCCACAUACAACAGACUCGACAUCUCUAAAGAAACCCUUUACACCAUUUGUCACAAAUGUCUUACCUCUCUUUUUCAUUGCUUAUCUGAAGCAACUUCUUGUGAAGAAAACAGAGGAAUGAUGAGUGAAAUAGCUCGAGAAGCCGAUAAUCUUGAAUGGGUAGUUGAAAUCUUAAUUGAAAAAAGAAUCGGUGAAGAAUUUGUGAAGCUAUGGUCAGAUCAAAACGAACUUGGUGUUCUUCAUUCUAAAGUUCCAGUAAUGUACAGACAUAAAAUUAGUAGGAUAACUGCUCAACUAUGUAUUGCAAUUGGUAGGGGGAACAUUUUGGUACCAAAAGAGACACGUGUGUCUCUUCUUUCAACAUGGUUGGAAGCAUUAUAUGAUGAUUUUGGGUGGAUGAAAAGGAGUUCAAGAUCAGUUGACAGGAGAUUAAUUGAAGAUGGGAUUAGUCAGAUCAUUCUUACUCUGCCAUUGUUGCAACAACAAGCUUUCUUGAUGAGUUGGUUUGAUCGGUUUCUUGAAAAAGGUGAUGAUUGUCCAAAUAUACAGCGGGCGUUUGAGAUUUGGUGGAGGAGGGCGUUUGUUAGGCAGCCUGUGGUUGAGCCCCAGUUGCAGAUAACUGUUUGUGAUUACCCUAGCUGAGUUUGUGGUCAAUUUGGAAGGUUUAUUAAGUGAUAUGUACAUAUGAAGAUGUUUCUUAUAUGUAAUUGUGUUAUUUGGUUUGGUUGAUUUUGGUUAAGAUUUGUUCAAGAGAUCAUAAAGAAGAAGAACAAGAAGAAGAAGAUGAUGGUGUACCUUAAAGACAUUUUAGUGAACAGUUGGUCUGCAAUGGGAUAAGUUAAAGCCCCAUAUGUUUAUCAUAAAAUUGUUGUACAAGAAACUAAGUGAAGCCUUGAUGUUAAUCAUGAGCCGUUUUUUGAGAUGGUGUCGGUAAAAAUUAGAGCAUUUAGAUUUUUAGGAAGAAUUGAGGUGAAUUGUUGUUCAUUGUGGUUAUCACAAGUAAUUGAUUAUAUUGUCGUUUAGGGGCAUUCUGGGUAUUUUAUGAAUAUCAAGAAUAAUUUUC